AUGGGCGCCAGUUCUAGCAAAGAAUCGGCCACGAAAGCUAGUUUACUUGGUAAGCGAAACCUUGAAGAUGAUUUGGAGAACAAACCGAUUGUGAAGAGACAUAAGGAUGAGACAACGGCUGAGGCUAAUUUAAUCUCAGUUAAAGAGGCAGUGGAGGGACUUGAUGAUGGCAUUCCCAUUCCCAUUCCCGAGGCAGUUGCCGUAACAAACAAGACGUUAUUUGUUUGCCGCCUCCCUCGCAGAACAAAAGUAUCAGAUAUCAUCUCUUUCUUCAGUGAUGUUGGAGACGUUGUUCAUGUUCGACUUAUGGUAGGCCACCGGUACAAGCAUUGUGGCUAUGCCUUUGUUGAGCUUGCUUCUGCUAACCAAGUAAAGAUGGCGCUGGAAAACAAGUAUGGUGAAUAUUUGCAUGGUCAUAAGAUUCUACUUUAUAUGGCUGAUUUCAAGUCGGAUUCAUACGUUCUGCCCAAGUAUUGCAAAGAAUACGAUGCUAGGUUUGAAAACUACAUUCGACGAGAACGCCACGUAGGAUUUCAUUACAAUGAGAAAGUAGUCGUUGUCGCCAAUCUCUCUCCCUACACUAACAUAUCAGAUAUCAAACGUUUAUUCAAAGGUAUGAGAGUUGUUAGUGUUCGACUUAUUGUGAACAACCAGGGCAAGCAUUUGGGCUAUGCCUUUGUUGAGUUUGCUUCUGCUCACUUUGCAAAGAAGGCUCUGAGAAAGAAGAAGAACGAUGAUAAUUAUUUGCAUGGUCAUAAGAUUUUUUUGAUGAGAGAACAUGAUGAAACUCCUGCUUAUGUUGAGGCAGUUGCCGUACAGAAAAAGACCAUCUUUGUCUCCCAUGUCUCUCCCCAGACUGAAAUAUCACAUAUCAUCAAUUUCUUCAAAGACGUUGGAGAAGUUGUUCAUGUUCGACUUAUUUCAGACAAAAAGGGCAGGCAUGUGGGUUUUGGCUUUGUUGAGUUUUCUUCUGAUAACGAAGCUGAGAAGGCGCUGGAAAAGAAGAACGGUGAAUAUUUGCAUGAUCGCAAGAUUGUUCUUGAUGUGUUUGAGGCUCCAAACCAUCUACCCAAGUAUAAGUAUUGCAUAGAUUACAAUGUUUGGUACGAAGACUACCUUAGACGACAAGAAAGCCUUCCAUUGGAAGAAGAAAACGAGGCAGUGAAAGGAGUACUUGAUGAAACUCCCGAUCUUGUUGAGCCAUUUGCGGUAACAAAGAAGACGCUCUUUGUUUCCGGUCUCUCUUGCCAUACUACGUUAUCACAUAUUGUCACUUUCUUCGAAGAUGUUGGAGAAGUUGUCCGUGUUCGACUUAUUGUAGACCACAGGGGGAAUCAUGUGGGCUGUGGGUUUAUUGAGUUUGCUUCUGCUGAGGAAGCAGAGGAGGCUCUUGAAAAGAAGAAUGGUGAAGUUCUGCGCUACUUUGAGAUUUCUCUUCAAUUGGCAGAGAUAGCAGCUCCAUACCCUCUCCCACCCAAGUACGACCUUGUAGAGAAGCUUUGGUAUGAAGACAAACUUCGAGGAGGAGGCCUUGAUUUGGCGACCAAACCUAACCUGAAGAAACCGAAGGUAGCUGAGUUCUGCGGUAAGAAGAUUAUCUUCUCUUGUGACGACGACUGAUGGUAGAAGC